UCCGUUCGCCGACGGCAACGUUGUUAUUAUUCACGGAAAUUAUGUAAAAUCACCCAGCAGCAAGCAGCGAAAGUGUCCGGCUUUUAUUUCACAUCAAAACACCACCAAUUGGCUCCCAAAUUCCGGUUCCGAAUGUGCCGAAAACCAGCUCGAGACUGAGGACGAAAUGUUGUAGUUUUACGCCGCACAACAGACCAUAACAAAAACAUUGAAUUCGACCUUCCCUACAAAAGAGGAGGAUAAGAGACGAUUUUUUUUGGGAGGAAUGCUUUUCAACACGGCUUGCCAGCUGCCGGGAAAGAUACUGCUCUCGGCCAGCAAUGGAACACUUCUGCAGCGCAUUCCGUCGACGAUUGCGAGCCGGGUUCUGGCCGGAACUGCCCGUCGUAAGCUUCUGUUCCGCUGUGCAUUUCUGAGUCCGGCCUGUCUGUACCAUCAGAACCGAGGGGAUGGCGCGGCCAGUGGCCACCGAUUGCUCGGGGUGCAACCCAACACGCCUUUCUACAAGUGCUUUUCCUCGUCGCUCAAGAAGGGGGAUGACUUCCAGAUUAAAUCUGUUGAGGGACGGGAGAUUCUGCAGAAUGUCCUGGAGAAGAAUAAGCAGCUGCUGCAGGAGAAGAAGAAGGUGAUCAUCCAGGACAUCCGCGAUCGGAAGGACAAGGUGAAGGAACGGGUCGAGGAGGUCAUCGAGCGGGAGAAUGUGGCCACGAUUCCGAAUUUGCUGUGCGUCGGUAGGAUUGUGAUGUCCCCGUAUCUGGGCUACGUGAUUGUCCAGUCGGAGUUCUCGCUGGCCAUGGGCAUGCUGGUCGUGGCCGGGCUGACCGAUCUGGCGGAUGGUUUCAUUGCCCGGAAUUGGCCCAGCCAGGCCAGUCGGUUGGGUUCGUUUUUGGACCCGAUGGCCGAUAAGAUCCUGGUUGGGUCGCUGGUGAUUUCGAUGAGCUACGCCGAACUGCUGCCACUGUGGCUGACCGGGAUGAUUCUGUUCCGGGAUGUGUUCCUGAUCGGGGCGGGAUUCGUGAUACGGUACAUCAGUCUACCUCAGCCGCGCACAUUGUCGCGUUAUUUCGACGUAACGCACGCCACUGCCCAGCUCGCACCGACCUUCAUCAGCAAGGUUAACACUGCCGUACAGUUGGCCGCCGUGGCCACCACCCUGGGGGCUCCCAUCUGGAACUACGUUGAUCAUCCGUAUCUGCACGCCCUCUGGUAUCUGACGGGAUUUACGACGGUGGCCGCCGCCAUGAGCUACAUCAUCAAUAAGGACACGUACAAAAUCUUGAAGAACAAUAAGCAGCCAUGAAAUCCCGAUUCAGGUGGCUAUCCUCCUUUGUUCCCUUCACGUACUUUAUCUUUGUGUAUAUCUUUUCUUCACCCUUCUUCGUUUGGGACGCCCUUCAAACAAAAUUGUACAUACCCUUGGAAUAAAAGUUUGAUUAUUAAACCGUUA